AUGGUUUACGCAUUCACCCUCCCAACCACCUCGCCUCUCUCAUUUCAAUCAUUUAUCUUCUCUACUACUCAUCCAUCCCUCCCCCAAUCAGCCUCAACAACCCGCCAUGCUCUCCGCCUCGCAUUAAAGGCCCACAAGCGCUUACCCCGCGGCCGCCAGGAUGCCCACCUACCCACAGUUCUGUCCGCCUUGAAUGAAUACAUCCCUUACCUAUUUGCCAUCUCAAAUGGACUGAAAGGUCGCUCUGUUCCAACGGAUACAUAUUUCUCUGCUCCCCAAGACGCCUACACGUCAGGCGGAACGAAUCUCCGCGCCGGCGAAGUAGUCGACAUUACAAUCCGUGCGGAGAUAGAGUCGGCAUGGAGAUAUACCCUGUCAUCCUCAGGCGGAUUGAAUCUCGGGUCCGGUGGCAAUAAUGCAGGCGGAAAUGGUAUCCGCACGCGCAAUGGGCGAGUGUCUGGCCGAGGCAUCCACUUCGAAUUGGCCUUUACCCUUACAACUCUGGGUUAUGUACUGAGUAGGAUGGCGCGAGCAGGAAUUCUCGCUGCGCUGUACGCAUCGGCUACCCCGUCUGCGGAGGUCCGUACUACUGCUGUGCAGACCGCGACGCGGUAUCUACUACAGGCUAGCUCCGUGCAUAAUCUGCUAGCGUCCUCGCCGACUUUCACGGCAGCCACUGUGUCGACAGUUCCAGAGCUGGAGUCUGCUACGCAGUCGGCUCUAUCGUCUCUGGCCCUGGCUGAGGCUACAUUACUGGCUGUUCUGAAGGAUGAUGCGUAUGUUGUGACAUGUAUCCAGUCGCGCAAUCCGAAUGAUAAAGAUUGGAUGAUCCAUGCACCUGAGAUCCCAAAAGUGCGCGCUCUGCUGUUCGCAAGACUUUGUGUUCGUGCCGCAGAGUACGCCGAACAAGCGGCUGCAGGCCUAGGUGCUGUUGGGUCUACUUCUGGCCGUGCAGGCCGCGUGGAUGAGGAUUUGGUCGGCUACACUAGAGUUUUGGCUCGCGUUGCUCGAGCACGCGCCUGUCGUUUCUUUGGUGUAAAUGCCGAGCUAUCAGGCAAAGUUGGUGAGGGUAUUGCGUGGUUGCGAGCUGCACGCACUCCACUCGGUCUACGUGGAGCAGGAUCUUCACAGGAAGAUGCUGUUGGCUCGGGAGGUUCUUCAAAGGGCGGAUUGUCCCGUUUAAAGCGAGAGUGGACCGAACGACGUGAAGAGCGUCGAGUUGCUAAGGAUGCUGGCGGUAGCCGCAGCGAAAAAGGUCCACUGGAUGCGGGGGACGAUGCUGGUCGUGACGAAGAGGGACGAGUGCUCGCGAUGCUUGAGACGAAAUGGGUGAAAAUGAAUGACACAAUUAACACACAGCUCAUUCCACCAUCUGCACCAUUGCUCUCUAAUCUACCUUCUGGUCGUGACAUUCACUCUCCACCAGCACCAUACCAGCCUCCUUCUUUAGACGAGGAUCAACUUAUGCGGAUGCGUGCUCCACCAGACGAGAGAGACGAUAUUCAAUUUGAAAGUGACGACGAUAGCGAUGACGAUGCAGCACAGCCUGAUGGCCGCGGACCUCCGGGGGCAUUCCCGGACCGAAGUGCGACCGCCUCGAGCGUUUACUAUUAA